UAGAAUCGAUUAGGGUGUCGGCCAUUUUGUUAGCGGUUCUCCCCACGGAUCCAAUGGGGAUCCGUGGAGGCGUGGAGGCAGCAACGCGAAAGCCGACGGUGGAAUGGAUGUUGGACAAGGGUGUUGGAAGGAAAAAGAGGGGAUUCAGAGGAAGGUGGGGACACCAGCUCUGUUAGGAUGGGUGUGCUAGCAGAUAGCUAGCCUAACGUGGAAAACCUAACUUAGCAGUCAGUGCCUCUUAGGGCCCCGCGCCGACUGUUUCGUUGGGGUUGUUGUUUGCUUUUUGUCUCUCACCUCUCUCUCCUCACUCCUCUCUUACACUCUUCGUUAAAAAGUGUCACAAAAAUUUAUCACACCAACUCCCCCUCUCCCCUUGCGCGCGCGUGUGUGUGUGUGUGUAAAUGGCUUUAAGCACGAACACAUAUGGAAUAGAUUAGAAUAUCGCGAGGAGCAGAAGAGAGGAUCUGGAGGAAGACAGAAGAGAGGCAAAACAAAAGAAGAAGAAAAAGAAGCUAUACAAUAAACAAUGUACAAGAAAACACAUCUCAAUAAUUAUACGUAGCAAACAAGGAAGCAAAUGAAUUCAAGUGCAAGAAUAUUUUUAAAAUAUAAUUGAUAUUUUAAUCAGGAUUAUGUUACUAAAACAGGAAAGUCAAAAGUGUAAUUCUACUUUUAAACGGGAAUUUAAAAAUUAUGUGAUUUAUCAAUAGUGACUUAUAUUGUAUGUAUUCGUUUGUUUGGUGUUCUUUUCGGAUAUGAUUGAUUAUUGAAUAGUGAUUGUGAGAUAUUUCUAAUCAUCUAGAAAAUAUAAUAGGAAACGAAUUUGUAGUGAAGGUGUUUUUUUUGUUAAAAUUGCGACUGGUGGAAGGAUAUUAUUUUCAAUAACGACAAGUGAUCAUCCACGACUAACGGAAAUAUAAUUGUCCGAAAAGAGUGGGGGGUAAUUGAAGGGUGGCUUCUCCGACGGGGAGAAGAAUCAGUCAAGAUUGCUCGAAAGUUAACGUGUGGAGUGCGCAGGGACGAAAGAGCUGUCGAAAUAGGGGGCCUGAGCGUGAUGCAACGACCGGGCACUGGCGGAGGGCCCGGGCCUCUCGUGCUUCAGGGCCCUCCAAGGUCCCUGAAGAUUUCGCCUGUUAAUCUCAAAGAUGAGCCUGGUGAUCCUCUAACUCAAAAGAGCAGGAGUUCAUUGUGUGUUGGUUGUGGGGGACGAAUUCAUGACCAAUGGAUUUUAAGGGUGGCACCUGAUCUUGAAUGGCAUGCUGCGUGUUUAAAAUGCGCAGAAUGUCAACAAUUUUUGGAUGAAAGUUGCACUUGUUUUGUUCGUGAUGGCAAAACUUAUUGCAAGCGUGAUUAUGUUAGAUUAUUCGGUACCAAGUGUGAUAAGUGCAGUCAGUCCUUUAGUAAAAAUGACUUCGUUAUGAGGGCAAAAAGUAAAAUUUACCACAUCGAAUGUUUUCGAUGUUCCGCCUGUUUGAGGCAACUUGUUCCUGGUGAUGAAUUUGCGUUACGACACGAUGGACUUUUUUGUAGGCACGAUCACGAUGUUUUAGAGGGGGAAAAAUUAUGUCCUGCCAGCGGUGGUGUGCCCGGAAAUGAAAACAACAAUAACGCAACCCUAACCAACAACAAUCAUCAUCUGCAUCCAAAUGACGGUUCCAUGUCUGAUUCGGAAUCAGAGAGUGGUUCGCAUAAAGCGGUGGGAAGUGCUCGUGGUUCUGGCGGUCAUAAAGGAGGUGGUGGUUCAGAUGGAAAACCAACUAGGGUACGAACGGUGCUCAAUGAAAAGCAAUUGAAUACUUUGAGAAAUUGUUAUAAUCAAAAUCCAAGGCCCGAUGCACUUAUGAAGGAGCAAUUGGUCGAAAUGACUGGUCUCAGUCCAAGGGUCAUAAGGGUGUGGUUCCAAAAUAAGAGAUGUAAAGACAAGAAGAAAACGAUAGCAAUGAAGCAGCAAAUGCAACAAGAGAAGUAUUUUCCGUUGCAGGACGGGCGAAAACUGGGUUUUGGUGGAAUGCAUGGGAUUCCAAUGGUGGCCAGUAGUCCUGUACGACAUGAAAGUCCCAUAGGAAUGACACCCUUAGAAGUGCAGGCGUAUCCAGCACCAUGGAAACAACUUCACGAAUAUGUUACUCAACAUGCGGACUUGGAGACCAACUCACCAUCGUUUCAUCAUUUAGUUCAACAAAUGCAUGGAUAUGAUAUGCCUGGAGGACCACCACCUCAUUUACCACCACCUGGAAUGAUUGGCGGACCUAUGAAUGAAGGUUUAGGCGGCGGUGGACCACUACCACCUCCUGGACCUCAUCAUCCAGGAGCUCUGGACAUGGGCCAGCAUCCCGAUAGUACAGACAGUUAUGUAACUUAUCUAGAAAGUGACAGUGAUUCCCUACACCAUGAUACAGGAAGUCCAUAGUGCCGUCCCCUCAAUCUCCGUUGUACAUACAAUAAUAUGACAAGGCGCGACACCGACUGCUUUCCUCAUUCAAUGAUGAUCAGUCCACAGUCGACAAAUUGAAACAAGAGCUUAAAUAUUGUUUUUAAAAUCGUAAUAAACAACAAAAAAUCAUUACACGCUUUAUUUAUUCUUCGUUGAUUUUUUAAUUAUAAAUUUUAAGUUUUAAAAACAAAUAUACAUUUAUCAAGAAAGAUAACAACAUUAUCAAUAAAAAAAAAUGAUGAUAAUAAUAUGAUAAAUUGGGAUCGUAAAAAAAUAAUUAACUCAAAUUUUUAGCUUUUGUACAUUUUCGUAUAUAUAAAGGACGUUAAAAGACUUCUUGUAUCAAGUGUACAUAAAGUGAAAAGAAAUGUACAUUUUAGAGAUAAGAAAAUCUAUCAGUACCGCAUUUAGAUAGACCAAAAUAUUAACAAAAAAAAUUCGAAGUGUCAGACAAAAAAAAAAUUGUGUAUUAUAAAAAAUUGUUUUUAGAGAUAAAUAAAUGUCAACAUUACAUCUAAAUGCGAUACUGAAAAAUCAACAGAUCAUAUAAUUAAUUUAUAACAUACUCAGGCCCAAGAAAUUAUUGUUAUAAUAUAAAACAAGUAAACGACGUAAAAUUUCACUGACAUUGUAAUUGAUAAAUUGUAAGUAUUUUAGUAUUCACACUGUCGUAAGUUGAAUCGUUUAUAAGUUGUAACGCGUCACACGUAUGUCUGCAUAAUAAAAUUUGCAUAUAAGUUAUGUGUCUUUAUACACAUUCAAACAAUACCAAAGCAUGCGCGAUUUUCAGUAAUUAAUGCACUUCUUUGUAAAUAAUUAUACACACCUUGGAUAUUCGUAUCUCUAAAAAUGUUGACAAUUUUUUUUUUUCAUACCGAUCAGAGAAAUCAAUACUUAUUUCUAUACGUACAAAUAACUAAUAAUUUACCAUUAAAUAAUUUUUCUACUUCUGAAUUACUUUUAGAGAAAAAUAUUUCAAAUUCUGCGAUUGUAAAAUGUAAACAUUUUUAGGUUAUGCUUUUAUAACAGAGUUUCAGACAUAAUUAAAGUUUCAUAGUGAUACGAAAUAAUGUUAUUGUUUACAGAAGUUGCUCUGAAAAUACUAUUAUCUGAACAUUUUAUGUGUGUUUCCGUGAUUCAUAUUUUUAGUACUGUAUACCCGUAUAUGUAUAUUUAAAGAGAGUUUUAUAAUCACAUUCUAAUUUUUAAAUUGUCAACAUUAAAAAACUUUUUUCUUGUUUUAUCGUGAAAUAAAAACAAAUUGGAGCAAAAAAAACACCGAUUAAUUUAAACAAAUUUAAAGAACUUUCUUUUUUUUAAAGCACGUCGCUCUGCUGUGUAUGUUACUGAAAAUUUUUUAACUUUUACGUACCACUUUUACGUUCCCAAAUUUUCUUGAAUAUCUUCGAAUUUGUAUAAUAUUUCUAUACAGCCAUAGCGUAUGAUAAUAA